UUUUCUCGAAAAUCGAAAAUGGCGGCGCAAUUCUAAGUGUGUGCGAAUGUUAGACGAAUAGAACAUAAAUCUAGAAUCUGACAAGAUGUUCAAAAGAAAACAAGAUGUCGACAAACAUGUGUCGUCCAUUCUUUCGAGAAAGAGAGACGAGAAAGAGCGAAAUGCACAAGGUUUCCAGAUUGCCAGGUUGUACAUGGACAUCAGGGAAUUUGCAACUGCAAAAAAGUACCUCUGUGGCUUCCUGCAUGCCAGAGAAAAGGCAUCCCCUCAGGCUCAUCAACUAAUGGGGGAAAUCCACGAGGCGUUGGAUGAGAAAGAAGCUGCCGUUGAAUCCUACAAGAGGGCCCUGGACCUAGGAGGGUUCGGCAGCACCAAUCGUCAGUUGAUCCUCAAGAUUUGUGAGCUGUAUUGUGAAAUUGGUUCAGACCCACAAAGGAUGAAGUACUGGCUUGAUAAAUGCGAAGAGUUCUUCCCAAAGAGUGAAAUAGUCUUCAAUUUAAAGAGCAAGAUUGCCUCUUCCAAUGCCUCCGGAGACAGUGUUGAGAUGGAGAGUUUGAUUACUUCAGAGCUGAUAAAGCGACCUACAGACCUGAAUCUGCGAAUCAAGCUGCUCAACAUCUAUACAGAGAGUCAGAGAUAUGAGGAGGCUUACAGUGCUGCUGUCAGUACAGAUCUCACCACUGCCUUUGUGGGCAGUUUGCAUUGGUUUGAGGUUUUGGUGUCUGUGUUCCAGGGCUACUCUAAACAAGUGAAGAGUGCAAAAGAAGACCGAGACUUUCUUCUACAUUAUAUGCAUGUCCUUCGCAAUGUGGCGUUCCUCCAGUUGUCUUGCAAGGAUGUUCAGAGUUGUAGUCGAGCUCUUGAAAGGUUUGACAAGGAGUUGAAGGUGGCAACAUCUCUCAGGAAUGAAGACGAAGCAUGGACUUCAUUUGUGAAGGAAAUGAAAGGUCAGAUCUACUACCUGGCUGGCCUGCUGCUUCUGAAACGAUCUCACAGUGGUGCUAUUUCCUGGCAAGAGGGAAAUCAGUUGGGUGGAGCGUGCUUUCUGGCAAGUAGUGUAAUCGACCCCCUGGAUGCUCAGUGCCCCUGGUUUGUCAGGGCACCGCAGAACUACAGCAAGUUCUACCAAUGGUGGUACCAUCAGAGCUAUGACAGGCUCUCUCAAGUCGGUCACAUGUUGCAGCAGCUCUCUCAGAGUGACAUUGUGCAGUGGAGCAAGUCUGUCAAGCAGCGCACCAUGACUGCCACGGGACAUCAGAAAAUCUUCAGGGCGCUGUACUCGCUGCAGGAUCAGGAAGCUAAGCAGGAAGACUUCUUUCUGUACUCGACCGAGGACUUGGUUGGUGGUCCUGCUCUGCAGGAGCCUUUGUCAGCGCGGCAGCUCGUGGACAUCGACAGAGUUGCCUCUCAAGUGCACUUGAACAAGCUGUCCAAUCUGGUAUGGCUCUGUCUGCAGCGAUACUCCUCCGACAUGAAUGCCCAGCCCAAUUACCACUUCAGUUUGAUGGAAAACAUCCAGUUCAGCACGAGAAACCUGGAUUCCGGGGCCGGGGAGUCAUUGUGUCAGCUGGACAUUCUAGUUUUCUUGAUAGCAGCAGUGAGGUGUGCUGCGACGGCUGUCUCAGAAAAUAUCUACCACUGUGACGAACAUGCUGGGCGGCCCAAGUUGCUUCCAGUGGCUCUGUGCAAACAGCUUUGCAGUCAAGAACAGGAGGAAUGGUGGUCAACAGCUGUCAAAUUCUGCACCAACGCUGUCAAAACUGACUUUGCUCGUCUGCGACGUGUGCUGGUUCGGGGCAUUGAAACAGUGCGGCUCAUCGGGUCUCAUGGCAUGUCUGUAUCAAUGAUUGCUCAUAUUGCCCGGUCUCUCGAUGCCAAGAUACAAAGUCUGAAGGACUCUGAGUAUGGCUGCCGAUGUCCAGUCUUUGAACUUGCUGCUUUGGAAAACAGGGUGGCUUUCUAUUGGGAAAAGGCUAAGAAAGCAAUUGAGCUGUUUCAAAGGAGCCAGCACAUCCCGAUGCCCAAGAACCGUUUGUUCAAGGAAGUGGACGACAUCCACCUGCCCCCCACUCUGCUGGAACACUACAAAACGGAGGCUGGCUUUGCCCUGUCUCUGUCUGCCAUGAGAAAUGGACAGUUUGAGGCAGCCAUUGAAGGCUUCAGCAAGCACAGGUCUCCAUGGGCCAAGUUCUACACAGCUCAGAUCUACAAAAUACUGGCAGAGAAAGCUAACGAUGAAGAUGCGGUUGUCAACUCAAAGAGUGAGGCUUUGUUCGUCAAGGCAAGGGACUGUUUGUACGACGUGAAGGACCGCCUUGCUGGAGAUACAACUCACGAACUCAACGAGCAGGUGGAUCUGGAGCUGGAGGACGUAAUAAGCAGAAUCAACAUGCUCACCUGGGAAUCCCAUGAAACCAACGGUUCGUUCGCGACUCCGAACAAAACCCCGGUGCAAGUGUCCAGCCUCAGCAGUGCUGGUUUGUUCAGCAGCAACGCCAACAGCGUGAGCUACGGCACCCCGCGCCCCAAGGUCUUCCACUCCACACCCAGGAUGACCAGUGCCACCGAGCCGUCUGAGAGCGAGGCAGAAGUGAGUGUGUCGUCUACGAGCGAGCACCUGGCGGACACGUCAAGACCCCGCCCGAGCCCGGAGCGCCUGGACUCCCAGAUCAAGUCUCUGAGCCACAGCCAGGCCUCGCUGUUUAAGAUGGUCCUGGACCGCAACGAAGAGCUCAUCCUCAUCAACGGAAAGAUGAUGGAGGAGUUGCGACUCAACAACGCUCAGCUCAAAACUGUACUGACGGAGAACAAAACGUUGAUGGGGGAAAUCAAGACCUUUCUAUGUGAGAACAGAGAGACGAUGAAGCAGUUGAAGAAAGAGUUUGCCAGCUUGAAACCCAGCCUGGUGCCCCUGGCUCCCCCCGCGCUGCCUCAGGUCCCUGUGCCGCCCGUGUUCAUGCCCCACCCGUCGCCCGUGCCCCCACCCCGAGGUCCCUUCCCGGGCCUGGCCCCGCAGCCUCCCAUGAUGCCGGCGGCCACCUACAGCUACCUGCUCAACUCCUCGGUCCCGCCGCAGCCACCCCCCAUGGGCCCUGGGGCGCCCCAGUACAGACCCUCGGGUCUCCCCGGCCAGCAGACGCCGACGGUAGGCAAGUACAAGGCGCAGAUGGACGACGAGGAGGACGAGGACGAUGAAGUCAACAGCGCUGACGACUCGGCUGCCCUGUUUGCCGAGUACUACGAUCCAGAUUUCACCCAGUACUACACGCCCGAUUCGCAGAUCAUGCAGGACUGGUCCCUGAACUCGCGCCCGACGGUCGACCCACCGCCCAGCAUGCCGAUGCCGGGACCUCCUCAGAUGCAGCCCCGGAUGAGCAUGCCGCCGGCGGGCUACUUCGCCUCGGCCCUGCGGGGACAGUCCCUGCAGUAUGCCCAGAACUCUCCCGGCCCGGCUGGCAUGAAGCCCAUGGCCUACCGGCCCGGCUUCUUCUCCUCCCCAACCUCCACGGUGCCACCGCAGCCAAACAUCGGGAUGGGGGCGGUCGGUGGCGCCCCUCCUGUGGCCACACAGAACUCCCCGUUGUCGGGAAUGGUCAUGCCAGGCUCGUCUCCGUCCACCGUCCUGACAACUGAAAUCCCGGGGCAAAAAUCUGUCAUGGCAGGUGUGUCGAAGUCUGAUACAGCUGCUGGGCCUCCUGUCAAUAUCCCGCCAGGUAACGCUCCAGAUUCAGCUGCCAAAAGUGUGGGCUUUAACAUCGGAGGAACGCCUGGUCUCAUGGGUGCUUCAUCUUCCUCCACAGUGCAACCCGGAGAUGGCAAAGAGGCAGGGAAAGCAACAUUUGCCGGCUUUACGUUUUCAUCAACGCCAAAUAUAUCGGCGAGCACCGACAAAGAACGGGUGAAAGCAGAAGCUCAUAAAAGCCCUCAGGCUGCUGCCGGUGACGCACCCAAGCCGUUCUCUGGUUUCUCUCUCACCCCUUCUACUGGUGUCCCCAAACCAGAGCUGAAAUUUGGUGCUUUGCCAGCUCUAGACGCAUCAAAGAAUUUGGGCAGUGUGCAGAAGUCCCCGUCUGCGUCAGCAAAGAGUCCCGGCCCUGCUCCCAAGAGCUCGGGGGGUCCUGACGAUGAAGUUGUGGAGGAGUACGAGCCCAACGUGGACUUCAAGCCGGUCAUCUCGCUCCCGGAGCUGGUCAACAAGACGACAGGGGAGGAGAAUGAAGUUACGCUGCACGUGGAUCGAUGUCGGCUAUUCAGGUUUGAUACGGAAGUGAAGGCCUGGAAAGAGAGGGGUGUUGGGGAAAUGAAGAUUCUGAAAGACAAGAAGGAAAUCAAGUUCCGAAUCAUAAUGAGGAGAGAUCAGAUCCUCAAGAUGUGUGCCAAUCACUUCCUCAAUGCCGACAUGCAACUGACGCCCAUGUCCAACUCUGACCGGGCCUGGUGCUACUCUGCUCACGACUUUGCUGAGGAGGAGAUGAGGAUGGAGCAGCUGGCUGUCAAGUUCAAGACAGCAGAGAAAGCAAACGCUUUCCAGACAAUCUUCGAAGUUUGCCUCAGUCAGCUGAAAGAAGCAAGCAAAGGUAAAGUCUCCAUGCCCAUUUCUACCCCGGAUUCUUCAGUAGUAAAGUCUCCAGAGUCCAAAUGGGAUGCAGCUUCAACCAGCAAAGCAGCACCAGCUGUGGCAGCAGCUUCUGCUGCUCCCAAGUCUCUCACGGAACUCUUCAAGCCCAAGGUUGGCAGCUGGGAGUGCGACGGCUGCUUGGUGAGGAACGCCGGGGACGUGCUCAAGUGUCCGGCGUGUGCCACCCUCAAGCCUGGCGUCAAGCCGGACGACCUUCCCAAAGAGCAGCCGUCGUCCUCCAGUUUUUCAAUAGCGAGCCUAACCUCUGGCUCAACGGGCACUGGUUUCCGAUUUGGCUCUGGCAGUGUUGCUGCUGGAGCCACUCCCGGCCCGGGUGCUGUGAAGUUCGGCGGUCCACCACCGCCAGGCAGCGGGGAGGCCAAACAAGAAGAUAUGCCAAAGGAGCCGGGGACAAAGUCAGGAUUUUCCGCUGGAGCCUUUUCCCAAGGCCCAAGCGCAACCGGCUUCAGGUUUGGCCCAGCUGCACUGAGGGGCGGAGGCUUUACGUUUGGAGCGCCGUCCGCGCUGGCCGAAUCCACCACCACGACGGAUGCUGCUGCUGCUACAACAACGUCCAAAUUCUCUUUUGGGCAGUCUGCCGCAACCGCGCCUGUCGGAGGUCCCGUGUCGUUUGGCUCGGGUCCGGUGACCAGCACGCCGGCGGCAGCUGCUGCUGCAGCCACCAAGCCCAGCACCACCAAGGUCUCUCCUUUUGUCGUGAGCACGGCGCAGCAGAGUGGCGGCUUUGUGUUUGGUGGCUCCGCCCUUUCCUCUCUGUCGGGGGGUGCCACCAGUUCUGUGACAACUACAUCCGCCACUUCUAGCGUCGGGUUUUCUUUUGGCCCCAAGCCGAGCGGGUUCUCUUUCACCCCGCCCAAGGAACCUGCGGGGAAUCAAGCGGAGGCCAAGUCAAAGUCUAGCCAGCCAGAUGGCGGUCUGUUGGCCAAAUUGUUGACCUCGGAUGACUCUACUGCAGACGAGGUGCUGGGGAUCACAUCGAAACCUGCAGAUUCGUCGACGGGUGGAUUCAACUUCAGCAUGGCGGCGAAACCGACGUCCUUCGGGGGAAGUCCCUCGGGUGGCCAGACUCAGAGCCAGGGCUUCCAGUUUUCCCUGGCCAAGGGCCAGGGCGGCCCGGCGGUGCCCAGUUCUCCCGAAGUAGACGAGCAGGGCCUGUACAUCACCAAGGAGGGAGACGACAGCCACAUUCACUUUGAGCCGGUGGUGGCUCUGCCGGACAAAGUGGAGGUAAAGACUGGAGAAGAAGACGAAGUGAUCCUGUUUGAGUCCCGGGCUAAGAUGUACAGGUUCGUCUCGGGGGAGUGGAAGGAGAAAGGAGUGGGUGUGGUCAAGAUCCUGGAGCACAAGGAGAACAAGAAAACCAGACUCUUGAUGAGAAGAGAUCAGGUACUCAAAGUGUGCUGUAACCACAUGAUUGAUCCAGCACUCAAGUUGGAGGCGAUGGCACGGUCUGAAGGCAAAGCCUGGACCUGGUACGCCAUGGACUUUUCUGAGGAAGAAGGAAAGAUGGAGCAGAUGGCCCUGAGAUUCCGAACGGCUGAAAUUGCUGGUGAAUUCAAGAAUGUGUUUGACCAGUGCAAAGAGAAAGGAAAAACUACCCCCGACAAAAGUGGAUCUGCAGCCCAGGCAAAGAUUUCUGGGGAUGCAAAUUCCGUGAAGAAGGAAUUGUUUGCCGCUGAUAGCCAGACAGGAGAGGAAGACGAUGACGAUGUGAUUUUUGUACGGGAAGAGAAACCCACGGAUGAGCAGGUCGAAAAGGCGCGCCGGUACCUGCUGCCAGAUAACUUCUACCUCUAUGAAAGCAAACCGCCUUGCCCGGGCUGCAUCGGAUGCACAGAUGGAGAAGUACCGGUAAAUGUACCGGCAAAGAGCAAACCGACUGUUCCUACUGGCCCGGGUUUUGCCUUUGGCCAGAGCAGCCCGUCACUGUUUGGAGGGGGAGCAAAUUUGCCCAACUUUGCCAGCCUUACUUCUGAUUCGGACGGUGAAAAAUCGGAACCGGCAGUUGUGUUUGGCUCAAAAACGAGCAUGGACUUCUCUAGCCUUGCUUCUGAGGGGGAAACAAGAAAUGUCUUUGCUGUAAAACAAGGCGACUCGUCUUCACCCUUCAAGUUUGCCGGUGCCGGGCAGCAGCUGUUUAGACCCGGCGGAGCCUUCGCUCAAGCUGAAGGUGGCGAGGAUGGAAACGACUCUGGCGUGGUGCCCAGUGAGGACGUCCAUUUUGAGCCCGUGAUUCCUCUGCCAGACCUGGUGGAGGCGAAAACAGGUGAGGAGGACUGGUCCGCCCUGUUCUGCCAGAGAGCCAAGCUGUACAAGUUCGACCAAGAUGCCAAACAGUGGAAGGAAAGAGGCAUUGGGGAAAUGAAGAUUCUCAGCCACAACACGGAGAUGAUGUUCCGAGUUCUUCAGCGACGGGAACAGGUGCUAAAAGUGGCUUGCAACCAUCUUAUCUCCGAGGACAUGAAGCUCAAGCCGCUGGCCACGUCUGAGACCUCGUGGUGUUGGUUGGCCCAUGACUUUACCGAUUCGGAGGGCCAAGUGGAGCAGUUUGCCGUCAAGUUCAAGAAUAAAGACAUUGCCCAACAGUUCAAGGAAAUUUUUGAGAAGUGUCAAGAGGAUCUCAGGAACUGUACUAGCGCAGCAAAGCCUCAUCAUCAACACUCUGCUGAUACAGCUCAUGCCCCCAAAGAUCAGUCAGUGGAAGAAGACACGAAGUUGAAGCAUUCUGUGCACCCUUCGUGUGAUUUAUCACCAGCUUUUUAUGAAACUGUCAUGUCAUCACUAAAAGUAACACCUUUGGGUGAUAAGGGAAAUGUCUAUCACACAAAAGCUUUGAAUGUGGCAGGGGAAGAUACAAUGACGGCUACGUCAUUUACUCAACUUGGUGGCAAAGACGCCGAAGAAGUUAUGAAAGCCAAAAAUGUCACACCUUUGGGGGAUCGAGGCAAUGUUUAUCACACAAAAGCUUUGAAUGUGGCUGGACAAGAUACAAUGACUGCCUCGUCAUUUACUCAACUUGGUGGCAAAGAUGCUGAAGAAGUUAUGAAAGCCCAAAAUGUCACACCUUUAGGUGAUAAGGGAAAUGUCUAUCACACAAAAGCUUUGAAUGUGGCUGGACAAGAUACAAUGACUGCUUCGUCAUUUACUCAACUUGGUGGCAAAGAUGCUGAAGAAGUUAUGAAAGCCAAAAAUGUCACACCUUUAGGUGAUAAGGGAAAUGUCUAUCACACAAAAGCUUUGAAUGUGGCUGGACAAGAUACAAUGACAGUAUCUACCUACUCUCAACUUGGUGGCAAAGAUGCUGAAGAAGUUAUGAAAGCCAAAAAUGUCACACCUUUGGGGGAUAAGGGAAAUGUUUAUCACACAAAAGCUUUGAAUGUGGCCGGACAAGAUACAAUGACAGUAUCUACCUACUCUCAACUUGGUGGCAAAGAUGCUGAAGAAGUUAUGAAAGCCCAAAAUGUCACACCUGUGGGGGAUCGAGGCAAUGUUUAUCACACAAAAGCUUUGAAUGUGGCCGGGCAAGAUACAAUGACUGCUUCGUCAUUUACUCAACUUGGUGGCAAAGAUGCUGAAGAAGUUAUGAAAGCCAAAAAUGUCACACCUUUGGGGGAUAAGGGAAAUGUUCAUCACACAAAAGCUUUGAAUGUGGCUGGACAAGAUACAAUGACUGCUUCGUCUUAUGCUCAACUUGGUGGCAAAGACGCCGAAGAAGUUAUGAAAGCCAAGAAUGUCACACCUUUGGGGGAUAAGGGAAAUGUUUAUCACACAAAAGCUUUGAAUAUAGCCGGAGAAGAUACAAUGACAGCAUCUACCUACUCUCAACUUGGUGAUGGCAAGGACAAAAAUGUCAAAAGCGGUCCUGCUCAACCUGUCGCUGCGCCAGCUCACGGUGCCAGUCCCAAUCCCCAACAGCUGUUUGAGAGCUUCUCUGGAUCAGGUGUCCCGCCUGCCGCAGCGAGGGCGCCCAUGUGGAGCAGGGUAGAGGAGACCCAGCCGGACCAAGAGGAGUAUGAUUAUGAUGAGGUGGAAGAUGAUGAGGAGGAGGAAGAAAGAAUUCUCUUUGAAAAAAGAGCCACCCUCAACUCGUACGAAGAUGGGCAGUGGAAUAAACUUGGCGUGGGGACGCUGCUGGUGACCUACAACGAGGACGUCAACGGCAACAUGGUGUCCUUCGCCACGGACGAUGGGGUCAGGGGCUGCAGCCACAUCAUCUGCCGAGAGCACACCAUCACCCAUGAACCUACAGGUCGCUCCUGUGAAUGGUCGCCCUUGGAUUACGCUACAGACGAAGCUGUGAGGAAACAUUUGUCGGCUGCCUUUAGCUCUGCGGCAGCUGCUGCAGAGUUUGCAAAGAUUUUCAUUGAGGGGUUUCCAUUGAAAACAAAAAUUAUAUUAGUUAAGUUUGUAUACUUAAGCUGUGGCAUAUGUGUUGAUUUCUAUUGGUUCUGAAUCUUGUACCUAUCAUAUCCCAUAGCAAGGGGGUUUAUUUUUUUUUUUUUUUUUUUUAUAUUGUCAGUGGCAUCUGAUUAGUUUUUAUUCCCCAUGCAUCGUUUUGAAGUAGAUAUUUACUAGAGUCCGAUGAAGCUUUUCUUAUCACAAAUUUUUGGGUGGGUGCUCUGGUGUGGUUUGCUCCUUCUUUCCUAUCAAACAUCUAUCGUCCUUGUCUCUCCUCCUUUUUUGUGUUUGUUACUCUCUUGUAACACAUCUAUUCUUCGGCACUUAUAUGACCUUAUUGUGUUGCAAGUGCCGUAAAACUCUUUCUGAAUCUAAAAUCUAAAACAAAUUUUUGUCUGUGAGACCAGUAACUGAGUACCCUGCCUUGUGUACUUUGUGACAUUUCUAGUGGUUAGGACGGCCGUUUGGAACACAUGACGUGGAGAUUCGUGGAUGCUGUAAACUGUCCCCGUCGUUUUAUGCGAGAAAAAUUCUGAAAUUGUGCAAACUGAGCCCAAAUUGUAACAAAGAAU